UUUCAUCCUUGCUUAACAAGCUUACAAUCGCUCCAUCUUAUGGGUUAUUGGGAGAUUUGCUAAACAAGUUUAAAAGCUUAUAUAAUGUGCAAGCACAUAUUAAACGCUCAAGUUUCCAUUCGUACAGCUUGUUGCCGCCGUUGGGUCGAUUGCAUUCAAUGCCAUGAUGAAGUCGCUGAUCACCCUCUACUCAGGACUCCAGAAAUGACUUUAAUAUGCAAGAAAUGCCGUAAAGCAUUUCGUGUUCAUUUCGGAGAGGAAAUGGACGAUAGCGACGAAUUUUGCCCCAACUGUGAUAAUCAUUAUGUUGUCAACGCCCUAACAGAACAACCUAAGCCAACGAAUCCUUUCCCAGAGGAUGUGGAUACCAGAAUGCUUCCCAACGAUAGAGAAUUAGAAGAACUGUUAGACGAUACCACUCACCUGGGUUGAGCGUUGCAGUUGCUAUUGUGAGAAAGCUUCUUCCAUUAUAUAUUAGACCAUCAUGGUUGUACGAACCAAUAAAUAAUUAUAAGUCUAUUUUGUCUUUUAUAGCAUCAUUUCAUAGAUUCAUUAUAUAUACGAACUAUCAAUUCUAAAGAAUAGAGCGUUGAUUAAGUUAUGCCUGUGGAAUAUGGUCGUGAUACGGGGAGAAAAAGAGAGGAAUGCCAGGUUUAUCAUAAAGGAUUAAAAAACUGUGUCAUUUAGCAAAUGUUUCUGUGUGUUAUAAAAAAAAAUCCGAAAAGUUACCAACAGAAACUGAAACAACAAAAAGAAUAGGUUCGUUAAAACAUCAUAAACUUACAUCCAACACAUAUACGAUGUUCGGUAUCUUGCGUAUUGGAAGGGGCAUUAUAGGAUCGAAGUAUUAGUACAAAUGAAUGGAAAAGAAGAAGAUAGUGUACUUCAGGCUUGCAUGGUAUAGUCAAUUUCAAAGUACGGAAGCAUGGUAGAAACAAAUUUUAGAAAGAGAACCAUGUACUGAUCUACGCGAAUCGGCUCGUUUC